CUCCAAUUAGUCCCCAGCGAGGCACACCUGCAACAAUUCUCUAGCCAGGAGUAUUUAAGCUGCUCACCGCCAGUUAUUGUCUGCUGCACCUCCCACGGGCAUCUGCCGGAUUCACUUGGUCCUGCCUGUUGCGGGACACUCCAAAAUGAGUUGGACUGACUCAGGCCUAUUACCACCCUGGUAGCCUCAUGCAGACCCGGAGGAGGACUACUUUUGGAUGAUCUUCAAUGAAGCACAUUCAAUCCACAGGAGUCCACACAGAGUCUGCCUCAAAGUCUUCAAACUCUGCCAACCAUGGGAACAAAAGAGAAAACCUCCAAGGAAGUUUAUUUUUCUGUCCUGCCAGAUAAAUAUCAACCUUUGAUCGAGGAUGAAGGGAUGGAGGAAAGACCCGAAGAAAGGUUGAGAAGGAAGGAGGAGAGGAAGAAGAGGAGGAAGAAGUACAGGAGGAACUUGAAGAAGGUCUGCACUUUCAGCUGGAGAUGUUUGCUGUGCGGCCUGCAGACUCUGACCGCCUCCUGCGCCGUGCCGCUGUCCGCCGUGGUCGUGGUGAUGGACGCUCAGAGAGCAAUGUCCAGCUCAGCAUGACCAUCGUCUGCAUGCAUCUUCACUCACGCGUCUCUGCAUUCAGCGGUCCAACUAAAUAAUACACUUUCAGAAAGGCUUGGAAUUGGAGGUUAAAUCACCUAAAUAUGAUUCCACCGCUGCUGCUCACUGCUCCCCUCACCUCCCAGGGGGGGAUCAAGGCUGAUGGCUCAAAUGCAGAGAAUCCUUUCGCCACACCUAGUGUGUGUGUGUGUGUGUGUGUGUGUGUGUGUGUGUGUGUGUGUGAGAGAGACAAUUAUUGGCACUUGAACUUAAUAAUACAUUUGCAAUUGCAAGAUUCCGAGCAGCUGGGACUUGUCUUCAUGAUAAAUGUAGAGAAUGUCGCUUCUUGUUUUUUGCUUUUUUGUUACUUUCCUCCGAGUUGUGUGUCCUAACAGUCGAACCGUGUGGUUAUAGUAGUCAUGAGUAGUCUGACAUAUUAUUCCUUCAUGUUUUGGAUUGAAUUUUAACAAUUUGAAUUCAAUAAAGCUUUCUGAAAAUA